CUAGCAAAGGGCUAAAAUCUCGCUUAUUUCGUGGGCCGAUUAGUGUUCCGGUCGCACGGCGGUUCGUCAAAUGAGGGCCAACCUACUGAUUCCUCUUUGGGAGUAAAACAUGGAGGACUUCAUAGAGAAUUCGGUGAAGCUCUUGUUGAGAAUCCACGAUUUUGGGCCGCAGUUGGUAUUCCAGGGUCGGUUCCCCGGUAUGGGCAUGCUGAUACAUCUGAAAGCCGGGCGAGCGGUCUUUGAUGUCGAGCGUCUGCUGAGAAAUUGGUGGCUUUCUUGGUCGCGCGGCCCAUCCCUCGCUCGCGUAUCCAGUCAAAGGCGGGAGACCAUCCGCAAGGCCCAGUUCGACGGCCGCCAGCUCCGCAACACUGUCGCCGUCACGCUGGGCCUGGCGCGGGCGGCGUGCGAGGACGGCUGCGGCGACGGCAAGCUUACCCAGGAGUACCUCGAGAUGGAGUUUAACAGUGUGGCGGCGUUUCAAAAAGACUUUCGUUUCCAGAUGGAGUUUUGCAAAGAUGCUCAGAACGGUAUGGCGAAACAGCUGCGAACUAGGGGGAAUGGAUGGUGUGGUGGAUAGAAUCUGUAGCCGAUAUGAAAGGAAGUGAAUAUAUGGC